AUGUUUAAUCUUAAACUUUGGAUAUUCUUACUCUGUCUUGCUCUCUAUAUACCUGUUUUCUCUCUCUUCUAUCUCUGUCCUCUCCCACCGUCUCUCCUUUCCAUCCCAUGUCCUCUCCCACCGUCUCUCCUUUCCAUCCCAUGUCCUCUCCCACCGUCUCUCCUUUCCAUCCCAUGUCCUCUCCCACCGUCUCUCCUUUCCAUCCCAUGUCCUCUCCCACCGUCUCUCCUUUGCCAUCCCAUGUCCUCUCCCACCGUCUCUCCUUUCCAUCCCAUGUCCUCUCCCACCGUCUCUCCUUUCCAUCCCAUGUCCUCUCCCACCGUCUCUCCUUUCCAAUACCUGUCCUCUCCCACCGUCUCUACUUUCCAAUACCUGUCCUCUCCCCCCCCUGUCUCCCCUUUCCAAUACCUGUCCUCUCCCCCCCUGUGUCUCCUUUCCAAUACCUGUCCCCGUGUCUCCUUUCCAAUACCUGUCCCCCCCCCCCGUCUCCUUUCCAAUACCUGUCCCCCCUGUGUCUCCUUUCCAAUACCUGUCCCCCCCUUGUCUCCUUUUCCAAUCCCGUCCUCUUCCCCUGUGUCUCCUUUCCCCAAUCCCUCCCCCCCCCUGUCUCCUUUUCCAAUCCCGUCCUCUCCCCCGUGUCUCCUUUCCAAUCCCCCCUGUCCUCCUCCCCCCCCUGUGUCUCCUUUCCAAUCCCCUGUCCUCUCCCCCGUGUCUCCUUUCCAAUACCCGUCCUCUCCCCCCGUGUCUCCUUCCAAUCCCUUUCCUCUCUCCUUCCAACCCCUUUCCUCUCUCCUUCCAACCCCUUUCCUCUCUCCUUCCAAUCCUUUUCCUCUCUUUCCAAUCCCUUUCCUCUCUCCCUUGCACUUUAACACAUCUUGGAAGACCCAAAAUGGAAAUCUAUCUUCAUUUUAUCCUUUUUUUUUUCUUUGUGUUCCAACUGUCUUCAACACUUUUUCCACUCACUCUUUCCACUGUGCUCUCCCUGAUGAUGCCUUUCUCUUCCAUUCUUCCACUAAUGCUGUCACCCUUUCAUUUCUUUCUUCAGUAUUCUCCCUGAUAUUGUUCUAA